AACCACUCCCACAGCAAAAUGGCGGAAGGUGGUGGUGAUGAACCUGCUUGUCAGCCACUGCCUGAGGCUGGAGGAUACGAUUAUCCAUACGUUGAGGAGCCUCCAGAGAACCUAAAUUGUCCAAUCUGUUUCCUGCCUUGUCGAGAGCCACAUAUAAUUGAGUGCUGUGGAGCUAAAUUUUGUCAGUCAUGUAUUGAAAGAGAGCACUUUGCUGGGAAGCCCUGUCCUUUAUGCAGGGUAAAGAAGUUCAAAAUGUUAAUAGACCAAGAUCAUAAGAGGAAGAUAUUGUCACUCAAAGUUUAUUGCACUCAAAGAGAGGGAGGCUGUCAAUGGAUUGGAGAGCUACGUCAUAUUGAAAAUCAUCUUGACAAGGAUUGUCAAUAUGUCCUUGAAGCCUGUUGCUGGGAUUGUGGGCGGAAAUAUGCACGUAAAGAUGUAGGGUUUCACGAACAGGAUGAGUGUGUUAAUCGACCGAGGGAACUUGUUCUGUUGAAAAAAGUUGAAGCGCUUGAAAAACAAUGUGAAGCACAGAGAAAAUCGCUAGAAGAAAAAGAUCGAAUUAUUAAAGAAUUGAAAGAGAAGAUGGAUGAGGACAGGAAGGAAAUGGAAACAAAGAUGGCCAAUGUUUCACAACAAUUGGAGACGAAAAUGGACAAGAUCACGAAAGAAUUGGAAGCAAAAAUGGCUGAUGGUACAAGAGAAUUGAAGACAGCAAUGGCAGAUACAGCAAAAGAAUGGGAAGCAAAAACAGCCAACAUUACAAAAGAAUUAGGGGAGAAAGUGGAGACAAAGAUGGCCAACAAUGCAGAAGGAUUGGAAGCAAAACUGGCCAAUAAUAUGAAAGAAUUAGAGAAGAAAUUUGCUGCAAAUGCAGAAAAAAUUGAAGAAAAUGAUAACAAAGCUAUACAGAACAAUCGAGAAAUGGAAGAAAAGUUUAGAACUGAAAUUGCAGCUGUUAAAGAAGAAGGAAAGGGUCUACAGAAAGUGGUUGAAGAAGUGGAAAAGAAAUUAAUCAAAGCUAAUGAGGAGACCAAUAGAGAAACAACUCGUCAGCUUAAUGUAAGGAUAGAGGAACUGAAGCAAGAAGUUGAGAAGAAGCUUAAAGCUGAACUGAAGCAGUUGGAGAAUAAUAAGAUAAAACCACUGGAAGAAAAGAUGACAAAAAUGGAUAAGGAAGUUACUGCAGCUGUGAAAACAGCUGGAGAUUCAAAUGUACAAGUUCAAACAGUACAAGACAGAAUGAAGAGGAAUGAUAAAACCCAAAAAGAAACCAGUGAUAGAAUUAGUAUUAUUGACAGACAAUUUGAGGCCAUGCGUAAGAUGUCUUCAGGUUUCAAGAUACCUGAGUGGCAGCGUCCCCUCCCCCUCACCUCAUUCUCCAAUAUCCCCCCGUGUCAGUUCACGAUGAUGAACUUCACUUACCACAAGAAGCAAGGGAAGGCUUGGUACAGUCCUCCAUUCUACAGCGAGCCUGGUGGUUACAAGUUCUGUCUGCGUAUUGAUCCAAACGGUAUGCUAGAAGGAAAGGAGUCCCAUCUCUCGGUUUGGGUUUACGUCAUGAGGGGAAGGUUUGAUGAGUCUUUAAAAUGGCCGUUUACCGGAAAAGUUACCGUUCAGCUCUUAAAUUGGAAGGCGGAUAAAGGUCAUAUUCAGAAUAUCGUAUCGUUUGAUGAUGCAGCUGGUGAUAAGGUCCGAGCUCGUGUUACCAGUGGAAAGUAUGCUGCCACUGGGCGUGGCUCUAGCAAGUUCGUUCCUCACUCAAUGCUUCGUCUCAACGUUGGUAAAAAUACGGAAUUCAUUGUCGAUGAUUGUAUGUGCUUUAAGAUAUCCAAAGUUGAUGUUAAAGAUAUUUCUGGAGGCUACAGUCACACUGCUUCUUUAAGUAGCUCUGACAGUUUUAGUACCAGUACAAUAGUGUCUUGAUUACCUCAUGAUCAUUAUUGUUAUUAUUUUUGUUAGUAACGUUUUUUCUUUUUUUACAUUUAUGAUUAUUG